GGUAACGUUAGCAAACCAAAAAAAAAAAUCUGGUUUUAUAUUAGUUAGUGCUAGAAUAUGUCUCGGAAUCUCCAUCCGGCUAUUUCCGUGCACCACCCUGUCUUUGUCGAUGGCUCCGCGCCACCGCAGACGGGGAUGUGAUCAGAGUCAGCUGUUCGCUGAUGAUUGACGUCUGAAGAUGGAGGUGAUGAUGAAGAGGAGGAGGAGGAAGAAGAAGGUGUGAGCCGGCGGCGGGGUGGUUGUCAGCUGUGAACAGGGCGGUGUGUGACGUGUGUUCAUUCAUCAGCAUCUGGCAAUGGGGACGAAGUGAUGCCAUCAGCGCCGUGGUGACAGCCGAGGGAGGAGCCGGGCCUUAUCAUGGGAGACAGAAGGGGGUCACCAUGUGCCGAAGUCUGUCCAAAUAUGCCCUCGUCUUCCUCUCGCUCGCUCUGUUUGGACUCAUCUUCCUGCUCUGCAACAUCCACACUGUGGAGAACUGGAAUUGCCACACGAUUUCCGCCCUCUACCAGCUACAGAGCAGGAUCCAAUCAUCCUUCCUCCCAGUCAAUCUCCCCACUUUCUAUCAGAACCGCACCUUCUGCACUCACCUGGGCCAAAAGCCCUCCCCCGAAGAUGAACUGGAAGAGCGCUACCUGUUGGACUCUAUCGCCUGGCCCGGGCCCCCCGCUCACUCCGCGCCGCCCGCCCUGCGCCUGACGAGCGACCCUGUGCACAGCCUGUUCGCCAUCCUUCCCACCAAAGGGGGCAGGGAGUGGCACGUGGGCGACCAGCUGGAGGUCCUCGUCCAAAUGCACGACUUCCAGGGUCGCCCCAAGCGCUACGGCGGAGAUUUCCUCUUGGCCCGGCUGCACUCCCCGGAGCUCGGAGCAGGUGUGGCCGGCAAAGUGCUGGACCACAGGAAUGGAUUUUAUUCCGCUCUCUUCCCGCUCCUCUGGGUUGGAUCCGCACAGGUCGAGAUCACGCUGGUGCACUCCAGCGAGGCGGUCUCUGUCCUGCAGCGGCUGAGGGAGGAGCGCCCCGAUCGGGUGUUUUUUAAGAGCAUGUUCCGCUUGGGCUUCCUGUCCGAAACCACGGUGUGCAACAUGUGCCUGCCCCCGGAUCAGCAGCCCCUGUGCAACUACACGGACCUUUACACCGGGGAGCCCUGGUACUGCUACAAGCCCAAGAUGCUCAGCUGUGACACCAGGAUCAACCACGCCAAAGGAGGCUACCUGAAACACCUCAUAACCAUCAAGGAGGCGUUGCUCUUCCAGAGUGGUGUAAACAUCAAAGUUGGCAUACAUGCUUCAGGACCUGACAGAGUCACGGUGCUGCCACCAAGGAAAGAUAAAGUCGAGGUAGAGAGCAGCAGCACAAAGUCCGAAGCCAUUAAGCUUGCGCCCUCUGGAUAUUACUACGCAGACUCGUGGAGGCCAUUAGGGGGAAUCUCAAUGCGCCAGUUCAAUGAAUCCUCUGCCAUCACUCAGUGUCUGAAGAACAAGAUCAUCAACUUGUACGGAGACUCCACCGUCAGGCAGUGGUUUGAAUACCUCAUUGCUUUUGUACCAGGGUUGAAGGAGUUCAACCUGCACAGUCCUAAAAACGUCGGGCCUUUCAUGGCGGUGGACAGCGCUCACAAUAUCCUCUUGAAGUACCGCUGCCACGGCCCGCCCAUCCGAUUCUCCACAGUCAUGUCCAGCGAGCUGAGGUACAUCUCAAACGAGCUGGACGGCCUCUCCGGCGGCCCCAACAACGUGGUGGUCCUCAGCAUCUGGGCCCAUUUCAGCACCUUCCCCGUGGAGGUAUACAUACGGAGGCUGCGUCACAUUCGACGGGCGCUGGUGCGACUUCUGGACCGAGCGCCGGGGACGCUCGUCGUCAUCCGCUCAGCCAACCUCCAGGCCUUGGACCAGGAGGUGAGCCUGUACAACAGCGACUGGUUCUCCCUGCAGCUGGACAAGGUGCUCAGGGCCAUGUUCAAGGGAAUGAGCGUCCUGCUGGUAGAUGCCUGGCAAAUGACUUCAGCGCACCACCUCCCCCACGCCCUCCAUCCUCCCCCAGCCAUCGUCAAGAACAUGAUAGACAUGGUUCUGUCUUACGUUUGCCCAGAGAAGAGAGGGAGCUAACAGAAAUGGGACAGUGACUCGGUUGAAGGAAAACUGAGGCCGUUUUCACACCUGAGAGGUCUGGACCGAGGUCUGAACUAAGGUUCAUGUCUUUGUUACAUUGUUUACAUUCGAUCCAGUUAGUUUUGGUUUCACAAUACAAUUUAGGGGGCGUCGACCUACACCUUCAGCCUGCACCCUGCACCCAUUGGACGGUACUAGCCGUCAAUCACAGGGUAUCCACACCUCAAUGCAGAUUGUUCUAAAUUAAACCAUGAUUUACAAAAUGAACAUCACGCUGCAUUCGGGGAAGACUUGAAACUAGAGAUUGAAACCAUGAACUGAAAAUGUUUACUGAUGUUAUAAAAUGAAUCAUUCUCAUAGAAACUGACUUGUUUUUGCAACCGGUGGAGUCGCCCUCUGCUGGUCGUUCAAGAGAAAACAGGUUUCAGGCACUUUUACAUUGGCUUCAUUUAUUGGACCAUGUUUAUUUCUUCGUUUGAUUAAGUUGCCCUUAUUUGGUGUUCCUAUUACAGCUCAAGCUUUGUUUUUGUGGAUGUAUUUGUUGGUUAUUAGUUUUGCCAAAGUCAGAGCCACAGUGACCUCUUCUAUGAAGGUUAUAAUUUUCUCAUUUUUAUAUUAUGUUCAGAGCCAUGCUACAACAUGCCAACUAUUGUCUCUUAUUUGUUGCUAUGUGUAAUUUGUGAGUCCAUGUAAAAUUGCAAUCAUCUGUUUUGCAGACUAACCUCCAUGUGUAACAUUGUCCUGUACCACGCCUGCACAUCUAACGUCUACUGUGACUAUUUUUAUGUCUUCAUUACCUUGAAGAUUUUCCUUCAUUUAUUUCUGGGGUGCCCGACAUUGUUUUACCUGGCGACUUCUAUAACCGACAGAUCUGCUUCGCUGCCUUCGAGACAAUGAGUUUUUCCAAAGGUUGGGAAAAGGUUCACUAUUCAAGUCGAAGGCUUGGCAGUGGUGUGUGUGUGUGUGUGUGUGCGUGUGUGUGUGUGUGUGUGUGCGCGUGCAUGCGUGCGUGUGCGUGCGUAAAUCCGAUGGCCUGACCUUUACCUCAUGACUUUUGUAUAAAUAGUUAAACUUUGUAUUACAAAGUUACGUUCAACAGUAUUACUGGUGUUGGAAAUGUAGAUGACUUUUAAAACCACAUGUGAAACUUUGUAUUAAAGGACACGUGCACAAAGCA